AUGGAUAGAAUUUCGUCAGGUAAGCAUGCCCUACCACUGUCUCUAGAAUAUCAAUUGAGAAGAAUAAAUAAAUAAAUACAUUUACUAUGAAUAUUUCUUUGCUACCAUUUCGUCCGCCUCUAAUGUUAUCACUAUUACCACUUGGUUUUUGUUAGCUUACUGUUAUUGGUGAAAAUGAUUUCCUCAAGCCCUCUGAAUUGAUCUAUAUUUUGUAAUUCAUGGUGCGUAAGUAUAAAGCUUAGUUUAGUCACUGAGGCUACUCGUUUAACUAGGGGCAUCUACACUGUUACAAAGCUGUACAUGCAGCUCUUUCUGCCUUUGUAUUUUGUAUUCAUACUUCUGUAUUUCAACCUAAACAUAGAGUUCCUCUUCGUUAGUAUUUCCUCUUUCGAUCUCGGCAUUAUCAUUAUUAUUACUUUGAUUAUUAUUAUUACUAUUAUUACUAUUAUUAUUAUUAUUAUUAGUGAUAUCAGAGCCAAGUUCUCUUAAGUAUCACAUAUUUAGUUCGUUGCUAUCUCAUAACCUCUGAGUCUUUGCUUUGCUCUUGAGCAUAUGUUGAUUUCGUAGUCCAAUGAGCCCACUAGCUUAGAGGAGAACUGUGUCAUAUUCUCACCUUUUCUUUCCUUUUUCAUUUAAAGAUUUCUCACUUGAGUUUCCUGUUCGAAACGGCAAUGGCGUGGUCUAUAACAAGAAUAUGGAUAGGGUGUUUACUAAAUUUACCCUCUGUCUUUGGAUGAAAACGCAGAGUCAAGGAACUGUAUUCAGUUAUGCAUGGCAAAACAGAAUGAACGAAAUUAUCAUAAUAAACAUACCCGAGCUGCACCUAUAUGUUGGAGGUCAACGUACACCGUAAGUACGACAAAGGUUAAUCUUUGUACGCAUUGCACAUAUUACGACUACUUUGUCGGGUCAUGACUAUUUUUUUCUCUUUCUCUCUCUCUCUCUUAAGAUCGAAAGCGGGAGACUUAUAUAACGUUUUCUCUUUUUUUUCUCUCUUGUUUUGUAUAUAUUGUUUUUCUCUUUUUGGUACUGAAAAAAAAAAAAGAAAAAAAAAAAAAAAAAAAAGAACAAAAAAAGCCGUAAAAAAGAAUGCUAAAAGCUAUAUCUGGUCAUUUUAGCUGCUACAAAGCAGCACGAUAUAGUUAUCCCCACUAGGUCUAAGGUUCGUUCCUGUUCCUCUCGUGCGUUAUAUUUUAAAACUUUGUAACGAAACUUGAAUCAAUUAAAAGCCAAACUUAACAUCUUUACAUUCAGAAAUAUUUGAUACAUAGAGACCUUAGAAUCAUAUAAAGCUGAUAACACCGAGUGGACACAAAAAAGGAUAUGCUUUACACUUUUAUUUUCUUUUUUCCGUUUUGUAUGCUUGAUUUGUUUCAUAUUGAUCUAUAAAUGUAUUGAUUUAUCUUUUCAGAAGAGCAGUCAUAUCCGUCCGUGAUGGUGAGUGGCACCAUGUAUGUGCCACCUGGCGGAAUACCGAUGGCCAAAACAAGAUCUUUAUCGACGGGAAACUAGAAGAAAAUGGUACUGGACUUAGUGCUGGUCAUAUAAUAGAAAAGGGAGGGGUCGUUGUAUUGGGUCAAGAGCAAGAUUCUCUCGGUGGUGGCUUCCAGGACAACCAAGCCUUAGUUGGUAAAAUUGUAAAUUUGAACCUGUGGGAUACCAUUCUUCCUCUCAAAGAGAUCGUAGAAAUGUCGAAAAAUUGCUUCUCAAGAAAGGGUAAUGUUUUGAGUUGGGAGCAAUUCAGGAGCGGCAUUCGAGGCGCAGUUAAGGUUCAUGAGCCUUCUUUGUGUAGAGCCCCAUAA